AUGAUAAUCUUGAUCUCUGUCUGUUUCUCCGCCUGAGACUUUAUUCAUCUGCUGUUGUUGAAGAUGUCGGAGGACCGAGAGCCUCCACCGGUGACCGGGCAGCAAAACGCGGAGCAGGAGGACUCUGAGGCCGCGGAGGAGCUGUUCGUCAGCGUGAUGGAGUCUCCAGAAGAUCUCCAUGUUCCCUCAGAAGUGGCCAGCACUGGAUCAAACGGCCCCAAAGCAGAGCAGAUCCUGCUGGACGACGACACCGAGGACCUGUUCGCCGAAGCCACAGAAGAAGUUUCUCUGGACAGUCCAGAGCGUCAGCCGAUCCUCUCUGACGGCCCAUCGCCUGCCAUCACACCUGUCACACCCGUCAGCAUCGGGAGCAGAGUAGAGCUGGGGGCCUUCGACCGCUCACCUGAGGAGGAUGAAGAUGAGCAGGAGAGCAGAGACACACUCGACAUCCAGAUCUCCGUCUCGGACCCGGAGAAAGUGGGUGACGGCAUGAAUGCAUACAUGGUGUACAAAGUGACGACCAAGUCGUGUCUGUCGGUGUUCAGCAGGUCAGAGGUGUGUGUGGUGUUGAUGGAGUGAAGGUCAGCGCUGGACAGGUAUCUGAUGAGGACGGUCAAACACCCGGCGCUGCUCAAAGAUCCAGACGUCCUGCAGUUCCUGGAGAGCUCAGAGCUGCCGCGAGCGGUUAGCACUCAGGCGCUGAGCGGAGCCGGAAUAUUGAGGAUGGUAAACAAAGCAGCCGACGCCGUCAACAAGAUGACCAUCAAGAUGAAUGAAGCGGAUGCGUGGUUUGAGGAGAAGCAGCAGCAGUUUGAGAAUCUGGAUCUUCAGCUCAGGAAGCUUCAUGCCAGUGUGGAGUCUCUGGUGUGUCACAGAAAGGGUGUGUUCGACCAGCGCAUGAAGACCUGGGCUAAAUGGCAGGACGCGCAGGUGAUGCUGCAGAGGAAAAGAGAAGCUGAAGCCAAACUGCAGUACGCAAACAAACCCGACAAACUGCAGCAGGCCAAAGACGAGAUCAAGGAGUGGGAGGGUAAAGUCCAGCAGGGCGAGAGAGAUUUCGAGCAGAUCUCCAAAAACAUCCGUCGAGAAGUGGGCCGGUUCGAGAAAGACCGAGUGAAGGAUUUCAGAAUCGUCGUCGUCAAAUAUCUGGAGUCCCUCGUUCACACACAACAGCAGCUCAUCAAAUACUGGGAGGCGUUCUUACCUGAAGCCAAAGCGAUCGCGUAAUCUGCAGGACGUGUUUCUGUCCUCUCCUGCAGGAGUAAUCCUCCACACAGACUCUAAUGAUUAACCCUAAUGAUAGCACUACAGUAAUAAACACAUUAUUCUCUCCAUCAGUAUUUAUCACUCCAUCACGCGCGCCGGACUCUUCUGCGUAUAUAUAAAUAUGUAUAUUUUAUUAUUUUGCUUUGUAGCCUGAAGAUUUUGGGGAAUGUUUCCGUUGAUUCAUUGUUCUAACAGAUUUUUUAAUCACAAGUAUUUUUUACUCUGCAACAGUAUCUGAAUAUUAUUAAAGGAACGAGCUGUAUCAG